ACACACACACACACACACACACUACUUGAUGCAGGGGAACAUUAUAACUUUCUGAAAAGGAUGACACAUGUCACAGUUAUUAGAAACUUUAUUAUGACCGGUUUUGACUACAUUAAAUGCUAUCCUGCCAACUGAGCUGGAAUUCUAGGGCUAUGUUUGCACGCCACGUUAAACCAUAGUUAAACUUGUCAUGGGCAUCACAAAAUAUCCAUUAAACAGAAGAAAAAAUAGCACUGCUCAGACCCUUCCCCUCAAAAAAAACCCAGGCAAAACAUUACCUCCAACUUCACUCCACAGACAAAAAGAGCAGGCAGACACACCCAUACCAAAGUGGAGGGAGGCAAUAAAACAUAUAUAUAUAUAUAUGGGCAGAGAGCCUUAGGGAUGUAUCUGAGGGUGAAAUGGUACCCAAGGACAUCAAGUUGGAGACUCCAGGUUUAAUACGGCCUGAAGUUGAACCUAAAUCCAGCCAGACUAAUCACAGACAUAGUCUGAUGUAUACAGUUCAACUCUUGCAAGAAUUACAGGACACUACUGGCCACCUUUUCUACAGUGGCUGUGAAACUCUCUGUAGAGGCGAUUCUGUCUCACUAUUGUUCACCAGAGUUAGGCUAUGCCUCUGGGGAAGGGGGCAAACAGUGUACUGUAUUGUGACCACCCCCCUUGGUUGCAAGACAUUGUGUUGUUAACAUCAGAUUAGAAUAGUGUAUGAACAGCUACUACAAGUAGACAUCUCUGCAAUACCAUAAAAGAUUAUUUGUUAUCACUUUUGCAGUGAACUAAGUGUCUAAAAAGCAACUGAGAUUACACAUCUUUACUUGCAAAAAAGGAGAGAGACAUUUGAUGAUUGCUGAAAGACAGUUAUAAUUCUGAAGUCGGAAUAGCUUUAGGAAUAAAACACCUCAGCACUUUUUCUGCAAAGGUCACUUAAAUCUAUGGGGAAAUUAAUACUGUAUUAUGUUCCAAGGAUGCUAUGAAGUGAUUUUGCCAUCUAGUCUUCUUCUUCUUUUUUAAGUGAAAAAAAAAUCUGAAUUAUCUUCCAGAAGCAAGUUCUCUGGAGACAAGGCUGAUGCUAAUUUUAGUCACUGUGUAAACUAAUGUUCUGUCGUUCAGUUAUUUAAGUUCCAACAUAAAUUUACCUCCCAGUUGCUCCUUUCUACUGAGCUUUUAUCCUAAGGGGCUUACAUUUACAGAUACAAAAUGAAAGUUUGUAACUGGAAAUACACAUUUUAAAAUCCUCAUUAUUUGAUCCUUGUACUAGAAAUCAGGAAAUAUCCAUCUCCCUUGGGCCCAUUAGAGGCUUAUUUAAUAUUCAAGGUGUGUCUGGCAAAUGGCUUAUCCCUAGUCAGUGACUCCCAAGAUGGCUUCUAUCUGAAGCCACCAGGAGGCCAGCCACUAAGCCUAGUUCACGAAUUGCUGUGCUGACAAUCAGGUAGGAUGAAGAUAGAAUAGCCUGGUGAUUAGCUGUUCUUUGUGUGGAAUGCAGUUCCUGAGACAAUAAAAGCAACCCUGGGUUGUGUGACCGGAGCAAUUGAGACAGCGGGUGUACCAGAGAUGGGGGCAGUUUCUAGAGCCUGUCUGGCUCUCCUAAAACAAUGUGGGGAGAAAGACUUGGGAGAGUUUCUGUGAGAAAUUCCACAAUGGCAGAGUUACACUAUGCUCAAGGCCUGUGUGCCCUUUAACUGCCAAGAUUUAUAUAAGCAAGUGUUAAUGUAUACACAAUCCACAAGAAUAAUGAGCUGGUUAUUUUCCUGUCCAGGUGUUCAGGAGUACAGCCUACUGAGCUAGAAUAGUAAAUAUAGAUAAGAACAAUGGGUUUUUAAAUAGAGGGCACACUGUUCCUUGCUAUCACCCUAUGCAAAUAUUGCAGAUAUGUGUGCGUGUGCGUGCGUGUGCGUGUGCGCGCAUCCAUGCACACUCACCUAGCUUGCACAUGCUCAUUAUUUAGAGGCCUCCUUUACUCAAAAGGAUAGUCCACACCAGAAGCUUCCAUGUGUCGGUAUGAAAACAAGCAUAUAGGAUACUUUUUAACAAUCAAAUAGGAAAAUGGGAAAGUUAUGUAUAAAAGCACCUUAUAUGGGCUACAUACUUUACAUUAAUUAAACACAAAUCCUUGACCACAGACUCAUCAUCUAAAAUCCAGCUUCAGUUUAAAGGAAAGCAAAACAAUUAAAAAAAAAACCUGUGAAAAAUCAGAAUUUUAUAUCUUUAAAAUCAGGCUGCAAUCCUAAAAAAAACUUACUGGACAUUUGGUCCCAUUGAGCUGAAUGUAAUUUACUCUGAAUAAGCAUGCUUAAGAUUACUUUGCCAGGCUGUGACCCUACACACACCUACCUGGGUGUUAGCACCAGUGAAUGCAAUGACGCUUACUUGUGGGUAAACAUUUAUAGGAUUACACUCUCUGUUAUUUCUUUCAAACAGUUUUGAAAGUGGGUUGAAAAACUGCAGAAUCCUUUGUCUUCUGACAACACAAUUCCACAGAAUGCAUGCAGAACCGUUAUUUUAAAAUCCCCUAGUCCUAGGAAAUACCACAAAACAGAUAUUACUACUGUACUACUUCUGGCAUUUUCAUAUUGACAUGACUACCUGUCUUGCAGAAGACCUAUAAGCAAUCUAGCCACCCUGACUGUCCACUGGAGGUCACUGGUUCUUUGUAGUGACAGUACUGUUUUGGGGACUGAAUAGAUUGGUUGUAGUCGUAGAAUAGAAUUGUGGACAAUUGAGGCUGUUUCUGUGGGUCCCUUUAACACGUAUCUAUGUAAACCUGUGGGCACUUUGAAGAUGGUGCCCAGCGUUGUGGUGGCUGCUGUUGUAUGAUGUGAUCCCACACUGCAGGGGAUGUAUGCGUGAAAAACAUGAAAUUGUGGGUGGGGGCAGUCCUUCAGCACUUGCUGAUCAAACUAUGCACAAGCACCCCUCCAUACUUCUGGGAGCACACACGUGAAUAGAGCAUGUGAAUAAGGACACUUGUUACAGGAGUAUGAGAAAAGUAGUAUUCAGUGUUCUGAACUUUGGGAAGUUAAGCAUCCGAGGGACGCUGUAGAUAUGAGAAGGAGCGGGGUUGCUGGCCGGCGACGUGGGGCAUGGUGGGAUCGAGACUCUGGCGUUGGCGUCUGAACCAGAGUUGCAGGUGAAGAAAAGAGCGGGGAGCUGCUGCGCACGCGCGAGAGAGCCGCGAGGGAAAGGUCUGCUUGCAAGAUGCUGCGGCGGAAACCGAUGCGGCUUGAACUGAAGCUGGGCGACAACGAGGAGUUCGACGGCGCCCGCAAGGAACUCGAGAAUCGUAGGAAGUGCGAGGAGGUGGACGUGAUGGGAGCCAGCGAUGGUGAGGGUGCGCUGGGACUCAACACUGAUCAUAAGAGCCGGGAACAGAUGAUACAUGGCCGAAUUGGCUACAAACCCCAGCCCAAACCAAACAACCGUUCAUCUCAGUUUGGGAACUUUUGAGUUCUAGAGCCCAAAGGGUGGACAGUGGCAGUGCCCUGGUACCUGUGAGCUUUGGAAGAAAGCUGAAAUUUGUUUCAAGAGCCCGACAGGCUCUGUUUAGAAAUAGCAGAAGAGACUGAGCUUCUCUCCUCUAGGUUUUAAAUGGAAGUCCUCCUCAAAGCAGAGCAAGUCUUGCUUUCCCUACAAAAAUGGGAUCUGUGUCUUACUUGAUGAUUUCUUUUGUGCAACCUUGCUAAACUGCCAUGCUUAAUAAAAUAUUUCUUUGAAUAAAAAAAAAGAUAUGAGAAGGCACCUUUUUCUAGUGGGUGUUUUACAGGCAAGAUGAGCCACUAACCUUUAUGGACAUCUGCAUUCUAUUUUCGUUUGCUUAUGUGUGUCAUUUGAUAGCCAUCUUGGCUGCUCAUUCACUUCAGCUGCUCUGUAGAACAUGACUGAGGAAGUUCCUCCCUGAGGUCUCAGUAAGGGAAAGUUGAAUGGUGGUGUUGGAACUGCAGCCUCAAUACUGAGGUGUUACAAAUUCCGUAUGUGCCGAGUGAAGUUGAAAUAAGAUAGAGUGGACAUUUGUACGCUCACUUUCCAUAUCAAGAUGAUCCAGAGGUAUUCAAUUCUUUUUGUUAAUCUGCCCCUUUCAAAUUUCAUUGCAGUCAACACAGCAGUGCAUUUAGGAAGCUGAUUUCAAUAUAGUCUGGACAUACGAAAAAAAAUCUUUUAAAAUUCCCCCAGUAGCACCUUAAAGACCAACUAAGUUUUUAUUUUGGUAUGAGCUUUCGUGUGCAUGCACACUUCUUCAGAUACACUGAAACAGAAGUAACCAGACCCUUAUGUAUAUUCAGAGGGGGGGUUGAUGGGAAUGGGUGAUGGGCUGAUAGGAGUGGUAAACCUGUUGAUGACUGUUAACGACUGUUAAUGACCGCAAUUGGUCUUGCGGGGGAAAAGCAAGGGCUGAGGUGCUAAAGAAAGCUUGAUCAGGUAUAAUGAGAUAAGAAUCCUAUGCCUCUGUUCAUACCAGGUGUCUCCAUGGUUUUAAGCUUCGUGAUGAGUUGCAAUUCAGCAGCUUCUCUUUCCAGUCUGUUUCUGAUUUUUUUCUGUAAUAAAACAGUUGCUUUGAGAUCUUGUAUAGAAUGUCCUGGGAGAUUGAAGUGUUCUCCUACUGGUUUCUCUCCUGAUGUCAGAUUUAUGUCCAUUUAUCCUUUGGCGUAGGGUUUGGCCUGUUUGUCCAAUAUAGAGAGCUGAAGGGCACUGUUGGCAUUUGAUGGCAUACACAAUGUUAGAAGAUGAGCAAUUAAAUAGUCCUGAGAUGGUAUGUUGGCUAUUGCUGGGGCCAGUAAUGGUGUUGUCCGGGUGUAAUUCUGUUAUGUACUGA